CUGGGACUGGGUCUAGGCUCCGCAGCUGGAGCUUGGUUGUCAUGGCGGCACAUGCCACAGCGACCAGGAGCCCGCAGCUGCUGCUGGUACUGAGUGCUCUAGGACUCUUGGCCUCAGGUGCUCCACAGCCCCCCAACAUCGUGCUGCUGCUCAUGGACGAUAUGGGGUGGGGUGACCUGGGUGUGUAUGGAGAACCCUCCAGAGAGACCCCAAAUUUGGACCGGAUGGCUGCAGAAGGGAUGCUUUUCCCAAACUUCUAUUCUGCCAACCCUUUGUGCUCACCAUCCAGGGCAGCCCUGCUCACAGGACGGCUGCCCAUCCGCAACGGCUUCUACACAACCAACGCACAUGCGAGGAAUGCUUACACACCUCAGGAGAUCAUGGGCGGCAUCCCUAACUCCGAACACCUCCUGCCCGAGCUCCUGAAGAAGGCAGGCUAUACCAACAAGAUCGUGGGCAAGUGGCAUCUGGGUCACAGACCCCAGUUCCACCCCCUGAAACAUGGAUUUGAUGAGUGGUUUGGAUCCCCCAACUGUCACUUUGGACCUUACGACAACAAGGUCAAGCCCAACAUCCCUGUGUACAGGGACUGGGAGAUGGUCGGCAGAUUUUAUGAAGAAUUCCCAAUUAACCUGAAGACUGGGGAAGCUAACCUCACCCAACUCUACUUACAGGAAGCUCUGGACUUCAUCCGGACACAACAUGCGAGGCAGAGCCCCUUCUUCCUCUACUGGGCCAUCGACGCCACUCACGCGCCAGUUUAUGCCUCAAGACCUUUCUUGGGUACCAGCCGUCGAGGGCGGUAUGGUGAUGCUGUUCGGGAAAUAGAUGACAGUGUUGGAAAAAUCCUGAGCCUUCUGCAGAACUUGGGCAAGAACACAAUUGUCUUCUUCACAUCUGAUAAUGGCGCAGCCCUCGUUUCUGCUCCGAAUGAAGGUGGCAGCAAUGGUCCCUUCCUGUGUGGGAAGCAGACUACAUUUGAAGGUGGGAUGAGGGAACCUGCGAUCGCAUGGUGGCCAGGGCACAUUGCUGCAGGCCAGGUCAGCUACCAGCUGGGAAGCAUCAUGGACCUCUUUACCACCAGCCUGUCCCUUGCAGGCCUGAAGCCACCCAGUGACAGGGUAAUCGAUGGACUUGACCUCCUCCCCACCAUGCUCCAAGGCCAAGUGAUAGACAGGCCCAUAUUUUAUUACCGUGGCAACACACUAAUGGCAGUCACUCUUGGCCAGUACAAAGCCCACCUCUGGACUUGGACCAACUCCUGGGAGGAGUUCCAACAGGGCAUUGACUUCUGCCCUGGGCAGAAUGUCUCAGGAGUCACAACCCAUACCCAGGAAGAACACGUGGAACUACCCCUGAUCUUCCACCUGGGACGGGACCCAGGGGAGAGAUUCCCACUCAGCUUUGCCAGCGCUGAAUACCAGGAUGUCCUCAGCAGGACCACCCAGGUUGUCCAGCAGCACCAGAAGUCCUUGGUUCCUGGACAGCCACAGCUGAAUGUGUGUAACCAGGCUGUCAUGAAUUGGGCACCCCCAGGCUGUGAAAAGUUAGGAAAAUGUCUGACACCUCCUGAAUCUGUCCCUGCAAAGUGCUCCUGGCCCCAUUAGCCAAGACCAGAAUCUCCAGCCAGCCCUGCAAGUGUCUGGAAGGCCUUGGCCUUGGGACUGAUGGAUGGAAGAGACCUGAAGAGACUGGCUGCCCUCUGCCUACCUGUCACAGGAUGGAUGGCCCUGCAAUCAGUAAAUGAUUCCAGACUGCACAUCUGGAGCUUCGACCCUGGAGUCCACUCUCCAGCACUGCAGCCUGUUUUCCCAGCUGGCUAUUGAAAAAUAAGUAGCUCUCACUACCCCUGCUGGCCUUGACAAUGAUACAGUGCACCAGCCCCAGGUCUGAAGGGCUGUCUUUGCCUCCUCACUGUUCCUGCAUAUAUUUCAACCUUGGUGUUGUAGACAAAGUGAAGAUUUCAGCAAUGUGCUAAGGACCUGCCAUCUACCUGCCCAUCCGUGCUCAUCCCUAGGUUAACUCCCUUGAGCUAUCCUCCCUCUUUUCCACUGGCUACAAACAAGAGACCAAGAUAGCACAUUUUCCAGCCCAGAGUGAGAUCUGUUGCUGCCCCAGGGAGAAAGAAAGAUGAUAACCUAAGUUUCUAGCCUUGGCUUAGCACAGUAUGGGGCUGAUUCUGCUGUACCUGCCACCUGUCAUACACAGGCUAUUAGACAUAAUUUCCAAGGUCCUUUCCCUGAAGGCUCAUGGGAAUUGUCCAUCAUGAACAAGUUUUCCCAUCUGUGAAAUAACUGUAGUGCCAAAAUGGCAUUGUAAAGGUUGGAAAAUAAUAAUGAAGAGAUUGAGAGACCAAGAAUAAAGGAACAGGAAGUAUGUUUGCUCUGAUAUCCUUGGUCCUAUUUAUUUACUUAUUUUGAGACAAGGUUUCUUCUGUAUUGACCAGGCUAUCCUGGAACUCACUCUGUAGAACAGGCUGGCCUUGAACUCAGAGAUCCAUCUCCUUCUGCUGGUUUUUAAGACAGAGAUUAUGUUGGGAGACAUUGGCAUUAGAUGUCCACGUACCUGUUGCAUGAACUUUCCCUGUGAGACAUAAACAUCUAUAUGCCCCAGAUGGGAUACCAGUGACAGACUAAAGGAACCGCUGCCUCCAGUGAAUUCAUUGCUGCAUCACCCAAACUGAAAAGUCUCAAGCCAGCAUGGAUGACAACUUCCCUAUAGAUACAUACAUGGAGCCUCCCCUCCAUUUACUUUCUACCCUGUAUAUAUUGAUUGAUUAAAUAAAAUGGAAUGAGCUAAUGGUGA